AUGAAUAUUCCCAUGCUACUACAACACCCUCACCGGCAUUUCCUAAAAGGCCUUUUAAGAACACCUUUUCGACGUUACCACUUCAUCUUUCACUCAAGUAGUCAUCGCGGAUCAGGAGUCCCUUGUGCUCAGCCAUUUAACUCUCCUGGACUCCAUUGUACAAAAUGGAUGCUGCUGUCAAAUGGUUUAAAGAGAAAAUUAUGUGUACAAACAACUUUAAAGGAACACACAGAAGAACUUUCUGAUAAAGAACAAAGAUUUGUGGAUAAACUUUAUACCGGUUUAAUCCAAGGGCACAGGGCCUGCUUAGCAGAGGCCAUAACUCUUAUAGAAUCAACCCACAAGAGGAAAAAAGAGUUAGCCCAGGUGCUUCUUCAGAAAGUAUUAGUCUACCACAAAGAACAAGAACAAAUAAAUAAAGGAAAACCACUAGCAUUUCGAGUGGGAUUGUCUGGGCCCCCUGGUGCUGGAAAAUCAACCUUCAUAGAAUAUUUUGGAAAAAUGCUUACUGAGAGAGGGCACAAAUUAUCCGUGCUAGCUGUGGACCCUUCUUCUUGUACCAGUGGUGGAUCACUCUUAGGUGAUAAAACCCGAAUGACUGAGUUAUCAAGAGAUAUGAAUGCAUACAUCAGGCCAUCUCCUACUAGAGGGACUUUAGGAGGUGUGACAAGGACCACAAAUGAAGCCAUUCUGUUGUGCGAAGGAGGGGGAUAUGACAUCAUUCUCAUUGAAACCGUAGGUGUGGGUCAGUCGGAGUUUGCUGUUGCUGAUAUGGUUGACAUGUUUGUUUUACUACUGCCACCAGCAGGAGGAGAUGAAUUGCAGGGUAUCAAAAGAGGCAUAAUUGAGAUGGCAGAUCUGGUAGCUAUAACUAAAUCUGAUGGAGACUUGAUCGUGCCAGCUCGAAGGAUGCAAGCAGAGUACGUGAGUGCACUGAAAUUACUCCACAGGCGUUCAGAAGUCUGGAGACCAAAGGUAAUUCGUAUUUCUGCCAGAAGUGGUGAGGGGAUCACUGAAAUGUGGGAUAAAAUGAAAGAAUUCCAGGACCUCAUGCUCGCCAGUGGGGAGCUGACUGCCAAACGACAGAAGCAGCAGAAAGUUUGGAUGUGGAAUCUCAUUCAGGAAAGUGUGUUAGACCAUUUCAGGACCCAUCCCGCAGUCCGGGAGCAGAUUCCUCUUCUGGAAAAAAAGGUUCUCAGUGGAGCCCUGUCCCCAGGACUAGCCGCAGAUGUGUUGUUGAAAACUUUUAAAAGCAGAGACUUGUGA